AUGUCACCCAAGUCAAUUGCCCCAAUUGAGAUUGGAUCUUUCACCGCCUCAAAUCCCCAGAAGACCGAAUUCAUCGGCAGCUCAAGCGGGGUCUUCUUCGUCAGUACCGUCUUUCGCGCCUUUGCCCGUUCAGCCUACAAAUCGAAAAUCUCGGCCACGAAUAAUACCAACGAAGACCAGUCCCGGCAGAAUGACCCUGACUCGAUCGAUAGCCGUCUCGUUGAUCUCGAGACACCAAACCAGCUCGAUGAUGAGGGCGCUGGGAUGCGAGUAUACAUUGAACACGAUACCACCGGAUCGUCUUCCUCCCGAUCCUACGGUGUUCGAGGCCAUGGGCUGGGAGUGGCCCCCGACCUGGAAUCUGCGAGAGAACUCCUCAUGCUGUAUUUCCGAAACUGGCAUCCUCUCUUCCCUUUUCUCCACGGACCCACUCUCCUCGAAACAAUCCUGGGCUUGUAUGAAGAUGGACGGGGGACAGGCCCCGGAGUUAGCCUGAGAUCGCGCUUGUGUCAAGUCAUCAUCUGCCAGUGUAUCUUCAACAUCGCAGCCCUUGACUGGGGUGGGCGAUCUCUGCCCGUCGAGUCUCAAGUGGAAUCACCCACAAAGUUGUUGUCUCUUGCCGGGUACGUCGCAAGCAACCAUGACACCCACUCCAUCCAAGCCCUGCUUGCCGCCGAGCUAUACCUCGUUUCCACCAUGUCACUUCGAGCGGCAUCUACAAUAGGCGGUACGCUGUCGCGAGUAAUGUUUCACGCGGGUCUACAUCGGUGUCCUUUUCGAUAUCCACAGAUACCUCCACCAGAAUGUGAUUUACGGAAGAGGAUCUUCUGGAGCGCCUAUGUUUUGGAUCGAUAUUUGAGCCAAGCCUUGGGUCAUCCUCUUGGAAUACAAGACUCGGACUUAGAUGUGUGCAUUCCGGGGAUGGAUGAGCUGCACAAGCCGGUAAAGGGUUGUCAACAACACAGCACGACUCUGCCCAGGUCCGACGAGGAGGUCCUCGCACAUCUUCCACGAGGCCACCCCGGCCAGACGACAAGGCCGGAAGUGACCCCAACUUCAACUUCGGCAGACAAAGCCGACACCAGCUUCGCGCCGGCUUCCAUGGAAAGGGGUGAUGUUGAAGCUAGAGGAACUUCGAAAGGGUCAGAAAUACUGGGUCAUUACGUGCUCUACUGUCGAUUGACCGGGCAGGCGGUCGAAAUGUUUCAUAAAUCUCUUCAAAAUCGCUCUAUCCACACCGAAGAUACCGUUGAGCUGCAAUUGAAUGUGCACGCUUGGUGGAACGGCCUUCCGCGAAACCUACAAGAUGAGUAUACCGGAGGCAAACUGGAGCUCUCCUCGACUUUCACCUUCUUUUUCAUCACAAUGUACAACUAUUUACUGCUCCUCAUUAAUCGGCCGUUCUUGUCUCUUCCACCCCAGAGUCAGGAAUUCAGAUCGAGUCUACAAACCUGCGUCACCGCAAGUCGCCAUAUUAUCACGACAUCGAGACAUCAAUCCGAGUGGAAGCUGGCUGUAUCUUGGCCAGGCAUGCUGUCUGUAACCUGGAUGGCUGGACUGGUCUUAUCUUUUGCCUGUACCUGGAAACAGUAUCCUUUCAGUAAAGCCCAAAGAGAGAUUGAGGAUUGUAUUCAACAAAUGGCCGCCAUGGAUAAGAGCUGGAAUAACGCUCGACAUUGCUCCGAAGCUUUGCGGAGCUUAUUGGAGAACCUCAAAAUCCAAUACGACGAAUGUUCGAGAGGAAAGUCAACGAUGCCGACAUCUCGCAGUGCAAACGUGGGCAUACUUUCAACGCCAACGGAGUCUGGCACGUCAAUAACUAGCGCAAAUCCCUUGAGAGAAGGGGAUGAUGCAUCGAGAAAAAGAAGAAAGACAGGCCCACAGGAAAAGCGGGUGUCUAGAUCAACGAUCGAGCCCGGGAAUUCUUCGGCCGACGCACUCCUCCCGGACCAGGCUGCCGAGCCGGCUAUGAAUCAAGACUUUAUUGCUCGCAUGUGCGACAUGGGUGAUUCAACUGGCUUCGGGAAUGCUUCCAUGCUCCCCAUUCUCGAAUACACCGGACCUGAUUUCGGAUUCAGCAGCGGUGGACAAUUCGUAAAUAUCGACGCGGUGCGCCUGCCCGUUGCCCAGGACUGGUAUGCCAGUAAUAAUGGGGCAUUUGGAAAUAUCGGCUGGGAGACCAUGGCAUACGGUUCGGGGAGUCUGAUGCAUGAUUCGUCCGCUUGGGGUCCAACGAGACUGUGA